GGUGGCCAGAACCUCGACGACCGCCAUUUUGUCGAUUGAAAGGAAGAAGAGAGAGUAGUAGCCGUAACCGCGAGAAGGAGGGGGUUGGGAGGGGUCGAAGACCCGGCCGAGGGUUCGGUGACCAGGGGGCGGCCCGGAUGGUGAAAUCCUCCCUGCAGCGGAUCCUCAACAGUCACUGCUUCGCCCGCGAGAAGGAAGGAAAUAAAAAGACCCACAUCGCCGCCAUGCCCGCCCUGCCCGCCAGCGCCGCUUUGAGGAGUUCCAGGGUGUCCUUCAGUUGCUGUAGUAACCUGGGUCCGGGGCCUCGGUGGUGCUCCGAUGCCCCUCACCCACCCCUGAAGAUCCCAGGUGGGCGAGGGAAUAGUCAGAGGGAUCACAAUCUUUCAGCUAACUUAUUUUAUUCUGAUAAUCGGCUGAAUGUCACAGAGGAAGUCACAUCAAACAACAGGACAAGAAUCCUGAAUGUCCAGUCCAGGCUGACGGAGGCCAAGCACAUCAGUUGGAGAACUGUGUUGAACAACAACAAUCUGUACAUCGAAAUUCCCAACGGCGCCCUGCCUGAAGGGAGCAAAGACAGUUUUGCAGUUCUUCUCGAGUUUGCUGAGGAACAGCUCCAAGUCGACCACAUCUUCAUUUGCUUCCACAAGAACAGAGAUGACAGAGCUUCGCUGCUCCGUACCUUCAGCUUCUUGGGCUUUGAGAUUGUGAGACCGGGGCAUCCCCUUGUCCCCAAGAGACCCGACGCUUGCUUUAUGGCCUACACGUUUGAACGCGACUCUUCCGAAGAAGACUAGAUUUGCAGUGUGUGCCCUGUAGAGCUUUCUUGUUCUCUGUCAAAAGAUGAAUCUGUAGGAACGUUGUCAACAUCCUGAUGGUAAUGUAGCGCAUACAUGGCGUGUCCUUUGUACGAAUUCCUAUAACAGGCUGCUCCGGUGGUGGUGGGAGAUGUUGAAAAUUUCCGACACUUUGUCAUCUUUCUCUCUUUCCCCCUUCUCCCCCCUUGGAUUUGUUCGCAUGUUGUGAUUGUGCGAAAAUAAUAAAUGCUCACUCCAAAUUAGCCGUAUAUUUCUUGGAAGUUUUAAUAUUGUGUGUUUGUGAUACUGAAGUAUUUGCUUUAAUUCUAAAUAAAAGUUUAUAUUUUA